UUGGAGUGUUCUGUAUUUGCUGGUGUCUUUCAUGGUGUUUGUGAUGCUAGUGUUCUCUAAAGAGCUUCUGGUACCUUAAAAGAACAGCUGUAUUUAUACUAACAAUAACAUAUACACAGGUGGGCUAAUUAGAUGAUUAGCUGUCAAAGUGAAGCAGACAAUAAAAACCAAACUCUGACUUUUCAGACUUUUAUUUGUAAAAAAUAUAAAAACCAUGUUUAAUUUUGCUUCCUGUGCACAAAUGUGCACCACUUUAUGUUGGCCUUUCACCUAAAGUCCAAAUAGGGCACACACAAAUCUGUGGUUUGGAAACGUUCAGGGUGUAUUAAAACUUUUGCAACCCCUUACAGUCUAUGCAAAAUAGACUGUUAUUGGGUGAUAAGAGUCAAUUAAUACAAUUACAGGAGUGGCCAUUGUAUGUACGAUAAAGACAUCUGCGCAAAUGAACUAACACCCUUGACCAGAAAAAAAAAAUAUCCUAAACAUAAUUUAGAAAGUUUUUAAACAGUGGCAUGCAGUUUUACAAUCCCACUUAACCUUAUUUUUAAUGUCAUCUAGCAAACCUAUUCAAAUGUUUCUGUUUGCACUGAUCUCUUAGUUCAUGUGCUCCAGCUCUUUUAAUCUCCUUAGUCUCACCUCCUGCAGCCUUCCUGUUAUGCAAACAAAGGAAGGAGACAGAAUAAGAGCUAACCAGGUUGUCUCAUGUCAGACAGCAGAGCAUAGGUUGGACAGGCAGCACGCACACCCGGGCAGACCAUCUGUCAGCGGGGUUUCCCCACAAGGGAGUACAGGGAGAGGAGCUUCAGAGAAUAGAGGCGAAGGUGAUCCGGCCUUUACCUCUGAUUUCCAUCAGAUUUUAAAAGAAGUCCAUGGUGGAAGGCUGCAAGAUGGUUUUCAGACUCCCAAUACUCACUCCCAGUUACAUCAGGCUGCUGCAGACCCAGGCGUUCCAUAACAUGCCUGUGACACCUCCAGCUGAGAAAACCAUGCCUGGUAUGGCUAUGCUGCUGGGGGCCGUGGGGAUCGGGAUGUGCGGCUACAGCUCUAGGCAGUUGGCCCUUCACCACAGGCCCUCCAUUCGGGUGCUACACUGGGUUGGCACGCACACCGACGCUGGCGGCGCUGGCAUGGUGACACAUGGGACCCCUUUCCUGGAUGUAACCCGCCGAGCUCCCACCCCUCUGGAGAUACCACCUCCCUCCUUUGUGGGCCAGAAAUUUACCUAAAAUAACAGCAACUAUAUCAUGAAUUUAGAUUAUGAAGCAUUGUAGGUGAAGUUCCUGUAGCUACACUUCCUCAGGUCUAAGAUUGUAGCUAUGCUGGCCCGUUGCAGCUGCAAUGAGGCCCAUGUGCUCUCUGAAGAUGAGUAAGGGUAGAUACCUGACUUUACCUAAAUGCAAAAUGUAGUGAUAUGUAAUUCCUUACCUACUGAAAUAGAUGUAAUUAUAAUUCAAACUUUAAAAGCACUGAUGGGAUACUUGGCAAUAAGAGUGACUGAAUGAGUAUAACUGGAACUUCCAGGACUUUGGAGAUAUAUUUCAACAUCAAGCUGUGGUAAUAAAAACCAACAGGUUUGGCUCUAUGAUUCCUACAAAGGCAGACAACCAAGUGUAAGUGCUUAAGCAGCUUAUUGAUGCCUAUGACUUCAACGAAUUUCCUCUGACGUGGAACAGGUGUCGUCCAUUCAACAAGCGUUGAUAUUUUGUACAUAUUAUAUUGCCAACGGAGAGUAUCACUGGAAACGUUAACAUUUUCAAAAGAGAAUUUGAAAUCCAAGCAUGUAAAUAAUGGAUGCACAACUACACCUUGCCAGAAUAUGAUUGCUAGGUCGUGUGUCUGAGACCUUGUUGCUGGCAGUCAGGCAAAGCAGAGUGGCGGAAAAUCAACAUAUGCUCAUUAUCCUAAUCUGGAAUUAGAGAUACAAGGACUGGCAGGCAGUUCCUGUGUGACCAAACAAUGUGCCGUUCACCCUGCAGUGUCCACCACUCCUCUCAGAGUCAUUCACAGAGUUUUAUGUCAUAUUAAAGUUGGUGUUUUUGAUGUGUAGACAUGAAGCAGGGAAAAGGGGACCUGAGAUUUGGCGAGGCACUGAGUGUGGUUGAGAAUGUGCACUGUGCCUUACUGGUUGCACUGGAAUUACACUGUCUUGGCAAGAGUUGUAGAGGAAGUUCUGAGAAUGCAUACACAGUGCUUUGAAAAAAUAGGGAUGGUAAGAAAUUUGAUGUCUGACCAGUUAGAGGUCAGAGAGACUAUGUAAUCUCUUUUUAUGCAUCUGAAGUGCCAGCCUUCUCUGUCUGCCAAACUGGACAAGUGUCGAGUUGUAGCGGGUUGCAAGUGUUUGGAGCCUGAGUAGUGCUUCUCCAGAAUACAAGCCCAGCAGGUCACCACCAAAAUGGUCAUAAUAUACUCAGCAGAGGGGACUAAUGGCUCCAACUGGCAUCAGAUGCUGAACAGGACAGCCCGCUGGACAGGGGCCAGCAUCUUUUAACAGUUAAUGGGAUUAUAAUAAUAAAUUUUUUAAAUUCUGGCAGAAACCUGUCUGACAAAACAUAUUUUUCCACCUGUUCAAAUAUUAUAAGUAGCCCCAAUUUGGAUUUCAUGUUCAGGCUUAAACUUGAAGGAGUUGUGAAAUCGAUGUGGUCAUGGGCUGAAGGCUGUGUAGUGCACCUGACUGGCUUUGAUGGAUCCUCACUAUGCUGCAGUGUUGCACACCGAUCUCCGAGCCCUGUGGAAACCAAUUGAUCUCAAUCAGAAAGGAAGAGAGGCAGAGCUCAUCUCCCCUUUGCAGCAAACCUUUUCUCAGGUUUCUGCACCUUAUUACGAAAUACUGACAAUAAUGCAAUGUUCGCUGUUGGAUUAAAAAUGCAGAGAAUGAUUGAAGGCAUCAUAUUUAUCCUGUUAGCUUGCUUUUUGUCACACAUCAGUGCGCAUCUAGCUAUUUGCAAACUUUGGUUCAUCUCUGUUAAAUAAAGGAGAGAUCUGUUGUCCAUAGAAGUUCAUACUUAAUAAAUUCAUGUUGCACACAAUGACUUCUGCUGUUGCACUUCAGUCACAAAUGUUAGUGAAACUGCCUCUGAAAACAUGUGGGAUUUUCUAUUUUUUUGUACAAAGGAAUAAAGGUUUUUAGUUAAAUUGCAAUUCAUGUUUUGGUUUGAUGGGAAGCUGGAGUAUGCUUCUCCUGCAAUACAAUUUAAUGUUAUUAAAUAGAGGUUCAAAACA